AUGAAGAUGCUGAAUAUUCACGUUGAUUGGCUUGUCUAUCGACGUUUGGCACUGUUUUCAUUAAUCACCGAUCUAGCCGAUGAUAAUUUUUAUUUCAUUCUCUUGUUCUAUUCUGGGAAGCACUGUAUAACAGGGACAAUACCCCGCGAUAUGAGAAAGGACGUAGGAGAAGAUAUCUUUAUUGUCACAUCAUUGCAAGUGUUCAAAAUAAUAUUAAAUUUUAAAUCAAAUAUUGUAAAUAUACAAUCGCGUUUUCUUAGUAAUGUAUUAGCCAAAUAUAAAGAAAAUAUUGAAGACAAAAUGCAAGCUUGGCAAAUUCACUCGUAUGGUGGUUUGGAAGAAUUAAAACUUUCAAAUGUUAGAAUUCCAGCAAUUACCAAACCAACGGAUGUUCUUGUCAAAGUUGAAGCAUCUAGCGUAAACCCCAUAGAUAUAGCCAUGACAAGUACGAAUUAUCUUGAACAACAAACAUUUAACAUCAUACUUAAAUGUUUUGCAUUAGGAGGAUAUGGUGCGGUAAUUUUAAAUUUAAUGAGAAAAACAAAAAAUCUUACCAGUGGACAAUAUGAUGAAUUGGAAUUGCCAUUAACUUUAGGUAGAGAUUUUUCUGGCAUAAUAGUUUCAAAAGGACAUGGUGUCGGAAGUAGAUUACAAUUAGGUGAUGAAGUAUGGGGUGUAGUUCCAGUAGAACAACAAGGUUGUCAUGCUGGUUAUGUAGUUGUUGAUCAUACAUUGAUCAGUCUACAACCUAGAAAUUUAUCAUACAUUGAGGCAGCCAGUAUAUUGUAUGCUGGGCUUACAGCAUGGUCUGCAUUAUGGAUUACUGGUGCAUUGUCUUGUAAAAAUACAGUGACUUCAAGAAGAAAUAAUAAAGUUUUAGUAUUAGGUGGUUCUGGAGGUGUAGGAACUAUUGCAAUCCAACUUUUAAAGGCUUGGAACAUGCAUGUCAUUACUACAUGCAGUAGCGAUGCUGUAAAUUUGGUACAAAGGCUUGGAGCUGAUGUUGUAAUUGAUCAUAAAUUAAAUGAUGCAGAUUCAAAAAUUAUUGCAGAGGGACCGUAUAAUAUAAUUUUGGAUUGCGCCAAUCAAGGACCAGAUCAAAUACGAUUAAAGAGUUAUCCCCAUAAUACUUAUAUAACUUUAAAUUCUCCAUUAUUAAAAAAUACUGAUCAACAUGGAUUGAUUGUGGGUACCGUAAAAAAUAUAGGAGAGUUAUUAAAAUAUAACAUCCCAAUUACUGAAAAUAAAAGUACAGUGAAAUGGGGAUUUUUUACACCUUCUGAAACAGGGAUUAGGACGCUUAAAGAAUUUGUUGAAAAUGGAAAGGUAAUAAGUAUGAUAUUGUAACAGUUAUCGUGGUUUUUCAAAUCUUCCUCGUAAUUCGAUAAAAUUAGAUACUUUCAUAUUUAAUUUAUUUGCUAACAAGGAAAUUUAUUACAUAUAAAGCUAAAUUUCUUAAGAUAUCGUCAACAAUCAUGUAUUAAAAAAGUCAUGUAAUGUUAUUUAAUAAAAUUAUGGUAAUUUUUUUAAAAAAUAAAUGUUUAGUCAUUUUUAAAUUAGGUAAAGUAUCUGAAAAAUCGUGGUAACUGUUAAUUUUAAUUUAUCAUAACAAUAUUAUGCAUAAUAACUUUUUACUUUGCUCAGGUGGUUCCAGUAGUUAAAAAAGUAUAUCAAUUUCAAGAUUUACCAUUAGCUUAUGAUAGAGUGACUCAAGGCCAUCUACGA